CGCCCCUCUAGCGCCCCAGGCGACAAUCACAAAGACCCAGGCCUGCUGGCCACAAACGGCUUCGACCACCAGCGACCCCAGGCCGCCCGCAGGCCCGCAAAACCACAGCUGCUGCGCACCAGGAGCGAGCAUCCGUCUCGUGGGCUCGACAGCAGCGCCGAGAACUCCAACGACGAGCAGACCAUCGUAGCUGCCGCGGAGGAUUUUGGCAUGAGGCAUGGUUUCGAUGGACAUUACCAGAGCGAGGACAUAAUAUCUCAACUUGCUAAUGGAUGGUACAUGUAUUACACGGACAAGAGGCACGACACGACGGGGAGACCCAAGGCGGAGCCGUUCACCAUCCAGGACUGGCGGAUGAGAGAUCGUCUAAAGACCGUUUCUGCAGCACUCGCCGUCUGUCUUAAUAUCGGCGUCGAACCUCCAGACCAGCUGAAGACGAACCCGGGCGCAAAGCUGGAGGCAUGGCAGGAUCCUACCGUACCCCCAGUACAGAAAGCUCUUGAGAACAUCGGCAAGGCGCUCCAGGCACAGUACGAGACUCUCGCGAUAAGAACGCGGUACAAGCAGUAUCUGGACCCGUCAGUCGAGGAGACCAAGAAAUUCUGCAUCUCACUCCGUCGUAAUGCGAAGGAUGAGAGGGUCUUACUGCACUACAACGGUCAUGGCGUUCCCAAACCCACGGCGUCAGGCGAGCUAUGGGUCUUCAAUAAGAACUACACCCAGUACAUCCCCGUCUCGCUCUACGACCUGCAAUCGUGGCUGGCUGCUCCGACCAUCUUUGUGUGGGACUGCUCCGAAGCUGGGAACAUCGUCAACAACUUCCAUCGGUUUGCCGAUAAGCACGAGCGCGAACAAGCCGAUGCUGCUGCCCGCGACCCCAACUACGAGAAGGUCAACUUCACCCCCUAUAUCCACCUCGCUGCGUGCGCCGCCAAGGAGAACCUGCCGACCAAUCCCCAGCUCCCCGCCGACCUCUUCACCUCGUGCCUGACCACGCCUAUCGAGAUGGCCCUGUGGUUCUUUGCCCUGCAGAACCCGCUCAAGACCGAUAUCUCCCCAGAGAGGGCAAAGAAGCUCCCGGGUCGCCUUCAGGAGAGGCGCACCCCGUUGGGCGAGCUCAAUUGGAUCUUCACCGCCAUCACCGACACCAUUGCCUGGACCACGCUCCCUCGGCACCUGUUCAGGAAGUUCUUCAGGCAGGACCUCAUGGUCGCCGCACUGUUUCGAAAUUUCCUACUGGCGCAGAGGAUUAUGUCGGUGUACGGCUGUCACCCGCAGUCGUGGCCCGAGCUGCCAGAUACCCGCCAGCACCCCCUGUGGGAUAGCUGGGACCUGGCUGUUGACAUGGCCCUGGCUCAGCUCCCCAUGCUAGAGAGGAAGGACGAUGGUGUCGAGUACGAGUACCAGAGCUCCUCCUUCUUCACCGAUCAGCUCUCCGCUUUUGACGUCUACCUGACGAGGGGCGACGCUAUGUCGCAGAAACCGCCCGAGCAGCUUCCUGUGGUUCUGCAGGUGCUUCUGAGCCAGCAGCACAGGGUGCGGGCCCUGAUCCUUCUCGGCAGGUUCUUGGAUCUCGGGCCGUGGGCUGUGCAGCUCUCUCUGAGUAUAGGAAUCUUUCCGUACGUGCUCAAGCUGCUCCAGUCGACGCACAUGGAGCUCAAGCCCGUCAUGGUCUUCAUCUGGACGCGGGUCCUGGCCGUGGAUAUCUCGUGUCAACAAGAUCUGAUCAAGGACAGCGGCUACAACUACUUCGUCCAGAUCCUCAAGCCCUCAGAGGUCCUCUGCGUGACCAACAGCGACGAGCACAAGGCUAUGUGCGCCUUCAUUCUGGCCAUGCUCUGCAAGGACUACAAACCUGGACAGGUGGUCUGCAACCAAACAGACAUCAUGGCCUACUGUCUGCUGUAUCUGCAGAACAAGGAUAACCCGCUCCUGCGGCAAUGGUCCUGCUUGUGUCUGAGCCAACUGUGGCUGAACAUGGCCGAGGCCAAAUGGAAGGGGAUCAGGGAAAACGCCCCCACGAAGCUUUCUGCCCUGACCAAGGAUCCCUGCUGCGAGGUUCGUGCGGCGAUGCUCGUCGCCAUGACCACGUUCAUCGGCAUCGCCGAGUUGACUGCUGAGGUGCAGCGGAUUGAAGAAGCUAUCGCGUGGACGCUGCUGGACAUGACCAAUGAUGGAAGCGCAAUGGUCCGUCGAGAGCUCCUCGUCUUCCUGUCGCACUUUGUGCUGCGGUACGAGAGCAAGUUCAUCGUCGCAGCAUACGAGCACCUGCUGGAAGAGAAGGAAUACCUUCUCUUCCCGCCCAAGGAUGCUUUGCUCGACAGGCAGAACAUGCUAUUACAUUACGCCCGGCCUGCAUACCGCACAGAGGACGGCUCCAUCAAACCCCAGGCGGAAGGGCUCUCCAACAACACAGUCAUAGCUGCGGCAUGGAAACACAUCAUGAUCAUGAGUGUUGAUCCUCAUCCCGAGGUGCAGAUGGAUGCGACCGUCGUCACGGACUAUGUGCACAACGCACUGCUGCAUUCAGCCGUUGGCGCGCAAGCCCAGAACCUCAUGGAAGAGAUUCAACGACGGACCAAAUCAGUAUCUGUCAAGGGCCCGAAUUCGCACCAACGGACAAACACGGGAAACUCGCUGACCUCUGACAUGUCGGUGCCGCCAUCCCCAGGUCUGCUCAAGAGGACCUUCAGCACCCUGUUUGGUCCAUGGACAGGUGCUGAUGGGCUCAACCCCGGCACGGCCCCUGCGCCUGCCCUGGCCGCCUCUAGGAGCGGCUCGCUGAGAAACAGGACAGGAUUACCCGACGCGCCGCCGGAGCAACAUGAACAGCUCAUGGCGCCUGCGAACUACCACGUCGCGGAGGAGCCAGUCUCAGUUGGCUACAAGGAGCGCAACAUGCGAGAAGCACCAGUGCUGCCCCUGCCCAGCGGGUUCCUGGACUGGUCGAUCGAAUACUUCUGGGAGCCACAGAUGAAGGCUAACGAGGCCGAGGAGCCCGGCAGCGAGGAAUACAAUGCGCGACUGUGGAGGCGCUCGAGGAAUGAGGGGAUCCUGCGGGAGACGCAACCUCAGAAAUCUCAUGCCGGCUCGCACAAGUGGAACCACCAGCUGGCGCUGCUCAACAACGGCGCGCAGCCCGCCAAGAUGACCUUCCAUCAGUUUGAAGACCACCUUGCCGUCGCAGACGAUGCUAACUCUAUCUACGUCUGGGACUGGAAGCUGCAAAAGCAGAAGAGCAGGUUCUCCAACGGGAAUCCCGAGGGGUCCAAGAUCAGCGACAUCAAGUUUAUCAACGAGGACGACCAGGCCUUCUUGAUGAGCGGCUCCUCUGAUGGUGUGAUCCGCAUCUACCGGCACUACGCGCCAGGGGAUGACGAGGCUCACCUGAAGAAGCCCGAGCUUGCGUCGUCGUGGCGGGCGCUGACGCACAUGGUGGCGAGCAACGUCAACUCGGGCAUGGUCUUUGACUGGCUGCAGGUGAACGGCACUGUCCUGGUGGCGGGCGACGUGCGCGUGAUCCGGGUGUGGAACGCCAGCUCGGAGACAUGCAUCAUGGACAUCCCGGCGCGGUCGGGCAGCUGCGUGACGUCGCUGACGUCGGACCAGAUGACGGGCAACAUCUUUGUGGCGGGCUUUGGGGAUGGGGCGGUGCGUGUGUUUGACCCGCGCCUCAAGCCACAGGAGGCCAUGGUUCGUAAGUGGAAGGACGAGCCGGAUCGACAGUGGGUGCGCAGCGUCCACAUGCAGCGGGGCGGGCAAAGGGAGCUUGUGUCGGCGUCGAGAAACGGCAAGGUCAAGCUGUGGGACAUACGAAUGGACCAGCCUCUCAAGGUGUUCCAGACCACCAAGGACGUGCUCAGGACGGCAAGUGUUCACGAACACCUGCCCGUGUUCUCUGUUGGCACGUCCGCCCACAUAGUGAAGGUAUUCAACUUCCAGGGCAAGGAGCUUUCGCGUGUCGAGCCAUACUCGAGCUUCCUGGGACAAAAUCGCGGUUCUCCCAUCUCGUCGACGGCUUUCCACCCCCACCGCAUGAUCAUGGGCGCCGCAGCGAGGGGCGACCACCACAUCAAUCUCUUCACCUGUACGAAUGAACCCGCGGCGGGUUCGUCCUUCUAAUACCGGCGUGUGAAGAACGAAGGAAGGGGACUUGCGAGGAUAGCGAAGAGCCGUAAAAACUCCUCGACAGUGACUGCUUGCCAGCAUUACGAGCUGAGAAUCGGUGGCGCUUUUUUUUUUUUCUUUUAACUCUUUUCUAUUAAUUGUCUGGCAUAGCGAAAGGGAGAUGGGCAAGGGAGGGAGGGAUGAAGUCGGGACAGGUAGGAAGCAUCAUUGACUUCCUGGACUCUUGACUCGCCCCAUUACAACGACAACCACAAAGGGAAAGGAGAUGUUAGCGAUUCAUCAUCAUCUCCUCUUUGAGAAGUUUCUGCUGGCUUAUCGAGCCUCGUCUCGCCGGCUCUCUCCGGGCUUCUGGAGUUCAUGGAAAGGAACAAGCAUUAUUGUAUUACAAAUCACUUUGAUACCGCGUCGAUGGGACCCAGCAUAAUCAUCAACCAUAUUUGGCAAGGCAGACAAGGAGAAAGCGAAGAAAUUAGAGGGUUUGCCUUUUUGAAAGUAGUCCUAAUAAGAGAAACCGUUGAUGACG